AUGGCUGCGCGUCGAAAUAAAUGUUUGCUGAAUUUGUUGAGCAGAGGGACGAUAUCCUUUCGACAUGACAAAAUCCAGCAAAAGAACCUCUUGUACACUCAACAGAAAAGCGCUCAGUGUAGACGCACAGCAGCCAGCAUCAGUACGGCGAAAACAGUUUUAACGCCUCACUUGAGCUCUCAUCUCGCUGGACGGUCUUACAAAGACUUGUAUGAUACAUCAGUGAAUGAUCCCGACACAUUUUGGGGCUCGAUAGCGAAAGAAAGGUUGACGUGGACCCGACAAUUUGAUCAAGUGAAGGACUGUAAUCUUUCAAGCGGAAAAAUUAACUGGUUCCUCGGAGGACAGCUAAAUGUGUCUGUUAACUGUUUGGAUGUCCACGUCGCGAGGCACCCGGAGAGAGUUGCUCUAAUUUGGGAGCGGGAUGAACCUGCCACAGAAGUGAAGGUCACCUACAGGGAGCUGCUUGAGACUACUUGUCGCCUUGCCAAUACCUUGAAGAGCCAUGGCAUUCAGAAGGGCGAUAGAGUGGCCAUCUACAUGCCAGUUUCACCCAUUGCGGUGGCUGCUAUGCUGGCGUGUGCCCGCAUUGGUGCUGUGCACACAGUCGUCUUUGCUGGCUUCAGCUCUGAGGCUUUGGCAGGGAGGAUCCAAGAUGCUCAAUGCAAGGCUGUAAUUACAUGCAACCAGGGUGUGAGAGGCGGUCGGCUCAUUAAUCUGAAGUCUACAGUGGACACGGCAGUGCAGAGUUGUCCAUCUGUUCAGCAUGUGUUUGUCGCACAGAGGACCAAUAACAGUGUGCCAAUGGGCAAACAUGACAUUCCACUUGAAGAGGCUAUGGAAAAGGAAAGUGCAGAGUGUGCCCCAGAGCCUAUGGGUAGUGAGGAGAUGUUGUUUUUGCUCUACACGUCUGGUAGUACAGGCAAACCCAAAGGCGUCGUCCACACCCAGGCUGGAUACCUGCUGUAUGCAUCCCUCACACACCAGUAUGUGUUUGACUACAGAGCAGGAGACGUAUUUGGCUGUGUGGCUGAUAUCGGCUGGAUAACUGGACACAGUUACGUAGUUUAUGGCCCUCUGGCCAAUGGAGCAACCACGGUGCUGUUUGAGAGCAUGCCUGUAUACCCUGACCCAGGCCGGUACUGGGAAACAGUAGAGAGACUGAGGAUAAACCAGUUCUAUGGGGCACCAACUGCCAUCCGCCUGUUACUAAAAUAUGAUGAAAACUGGGUAAAGAAAUAUGACAGGUCUUCCCUCAAGACCUUGGGCUCAGUGGGAGAGCCCAUCAAUCAUGAGGCGUGGGAGUGGUUUCACAAUGUCGUGGGAGAUGGGCGGUGCCCUCUGGUGGAUACUUGGUGGCAAACAGAGACCGGGGGUGUGUGCAUUGCCCCUCGUCCAGCCGAGGAGGGGGCGGAAAUUCGGCCUGCCAUGGCCAUGAGACCCUUCUUUGGUAUCCAGCCUGCUUUACUGGGGGAGAAGGGGCAGAUCAUAACUGGAAACGAUGCAAGUGGAGCUCUGUGUAUCAGUCAGCCGUGGCCUGGCAUGGCCAGGACUAUAUUUGGAGAUCAUGAGAGAUUUGUGGAUGCAUACUUCAAACCUUAUCCUGGUUAUUAUUUCACUGGGGAUGGGGCGUACCGUUCUCCUGAGGGUUAUUACCAGAUUACUGGCAGGAUGGAUGAUGUCAUCAAUAUCAGCGGGCACCGUCUGGGCACUGCUGAGAUUGAGGAUGCCCUGGAUGAACAUCCAAGUGUUCCAGAAACUGCUGUGAUUGGCAUUCCACAUGAUAUCAAAGGGGAGGUUCCAUUUGCCUUUGUGGUUUUGAAAGACAGUGGUGCUGAGAAGCAGCAAGUCAUUCUUGAAGAGCUGCAAAAGCUAGUGGCUUCAAAGAUAGCCAAAUAUGCUGUUCCUGAUCACUUCUUGAUUGUAAAGCGACUACCCAAGACAAGGUCAGGAAAGAUCAUGAGACGUAUCCUGCGCAAAAUUGCAAUGGAGCAGACAGAGAACCUGGGAGAUGUGUCCACUCUGGAUGACCCCAGUGUCGUCACAGAGGUCAUUCAGGCCUACAAACAACAGAAGGUCCAGGCAUCAAAGUAA